CCAGGGAGCGCUGAUGGGAGGCUCUGUACCACCAUAGAGGCUUGGCGGGACGGGAGCCCGGCGGGCCGCUCUGGCUGCGGGCGGCUAGCGAGGCGAGGUCUCGCGCGAGCUGGUCGCCAUGGCGACGCCGCGGGCGCCAUGGCGGAGCCGCGGGCGCUGGAGACCCGCCUCGUCGAGGACCAGCCGUACGACGAGAGCCUGGAGCUGCCCGAGGCCGAGGAGGCGGGCGGCGCGGUGUGGCGGCCGCCCGGGGCCCGCUCGCCGCCGCCGGGGCGCCGCCGGGGCCGCCGCGGGCCGGGGCCGCCGCGGGCGGGCGGCGGAGUCCCGCGGGCGCGGCCCGGCCGCAGCAGCGACGAGGAGGGCGGCGGCAGCAAGGUAGGAGCGGGCGCAAUUGCGGCGGGGCGCGGCCCGGCCCGGCCCGGCCCGGCCCAGCUCGGCGCUCUCACCCAGGAGGAGGCGGUGCCGCGCCGCGCCGCGGCCCCCAGCGAGGACGAGGACGACGACGACGACGAUGAGGACGAGAGCUCCGAGAGCGACUCGGCCGACGACGAGGAGGAGGAGCGCGGCGCCGCGCUGGCGGGUGCCUACAACCCAGCAGACUAUGAUUAUCUGCCAGUAUCUGCUGAAAUUAAAGAACUCUUUGAAUAUAUAAGGAGGUACACUCCCCAAAUAAUAGAAAUCGAACACAAACUGCAGCCUUUCAUUCCAGACUUCAUUCCUGCUGUUGGAGACAUUGAUGCAUUCUUAAAGGUUCCACGUCCGGAUGGCAAACCUGACAACCUCGGCCUGCUCGUCCUAGAUGAACCAUCUACAAAGCAGUCAGAUCCCACAGUGCUCUCUCUUUGGUUAACAGAGAAUUCCAAACAACACAACAUCACACAGCAGAUAAAAGUGAAGAGUAUAGAGAAUGCAGAAAAGAACCCCAAAGCCAUUGACAACUGGAUCGAAAGCAUCAGUGAGCUGCAUCGUUGCAAACCACCUGCCACUGUCCAUUACACUAGACCAAUGCCUGACAUUGAAACUCUCAUGCAGGAAUGGUUACCAGAAUUUGAAGAACUCCUGGGAAAGGUGGGCCUCCCAACUGCAGAGAUAAGCUGUAGCCUGACAGAGUACAUUGACAUGAUAUGUGCCAUUCUGGACAUCCCUGUGUACAAGAGUCGGAUCCAGCCUUUGCACGUCCUUUUCACUCUCUACUCGGAAUUCAAGAACUCGCAGCAUUUCAAAUCUCUGGCUGAAGGGAAGAAGGCUAGGAGCCCUCCAUCCAACCCAGCUUCCCAAGAAGCAGAAGUGUUAAGCUUUACAUGAAGCUUCACCUUAAAUCUUGAGCUCCUGGAUCAAUAUCUGCUGCUGGGUGUAGAGAUUUGACCAAAUGAACUCCUAAGGCAAAGCACAGCGUUCCAAAAGUCUCCCAUAUUUUAUGGGCACUGCUAAGCUGCUAGGGAAUCAUAGAAUAGAGUUUUACUCAUGGCAUUUGUUGCAGAUGCUGCCUGAUCCCUCCGUUGUGACUUGUCCCCAAGAAAUACAGCAUUAUACUAGCUCUACCAAAUGGGAGACUCUACAUGACACAUUACAGAAUACAGACUCGUAGAGUACACCUGACGAGCACUACAGCAGGUGGAAAUAAAUUCUAUGCUCAGACACCAAAA